GCUGUCCUGGAGGACUACGCAGAUCCCUUCGAUGCGGCGCAGGUGGCAGGUAGCCAGACAGGGCUGGAGAAGGUGACUGAGAAUGAUGGAUAUAUGGAGCCAUAUGAAGCCCAGAAGAUGAUGGCUGAGAUCCGCCAGAAGGGCUUACGGGAGGCUCCUGCCCGGCCGCUGCACCUCUACGACACUCCCUACGAGCCUGUGCUGGACAUGGACAGUGAGCGCCCGGCCUGCCCCAGGCCCAGGGAGUCCCGGCUGCCCGAGGACGACGAGCGGCCACCAGAGGAGUAUGACCAGCCCUGGGAGUGGAAGAAGGAGCGGAUCUCCAAAGCCUUCGCGGGUCCCUCGGAGGGGCUGGGCUACGGCCGCACCUCGCCCUGCAGGGAGGAGAAGGCCAGGGCUGCCCUCAGACACGGCCCCAGCAGCCUCAAGAGCACGAAGACGCUGAUGGCUGAGCCCGGCCCCUUUGUCGGGGAGAGGAUUGACCCUGCCCUACCCCUGGAGAGCCAGUGCUGGUACCACGGGGCCAUCAGCCGGACGGACGCGGAGACGCUGCUGAGGCUGUGCAAGGAGGCCAGUUACCUGGUGCGCAACAGCGAGACCAGCAAGAACGACUUCUCCCUCUCCCUGAAGAGCAGCCAGGGUUUCAUGCACAUGAAACUGUCCCGGACCCAGGAGAACAAGUACGUGCUGGGUCAGCACAGCCCACCCUUCGACAGCGUGCCGGAGAUCAUCCAUCACUACGCCAGCCGCAAGCUGCCCAUCAAGGGGGCCGAGCACAUGUCCUUGCUUUACCCGGUGGCAAUCCGUACCCUAUAGUACUCACCCCCCACGAGCCAGGCUCGAGGCCGGGUGUACCCAAAACCAGCCCAUGCGCAGGGCCGAGCGCUGCCAUGCCGAGGAUGGGCUCCGGACCGUCAGCCCACGAGCAGCUCGCUGGGCACGGCCGGCGCCGCUGGGGGAUUGCUGCAGCCGGACCCCUCGUCCUGCUCUCUCGGAGGGCUCCCGUGCACUGGUUUGCCCACUGGCAUGGCACCGGAGGGACCCCCUGUGCGAGGAGCUGAGUGGGGCUCGCC